AGCGCUUAAGUCAUUUACUUCCCGUUGGAACAUUUCAUAAUCCACGGUCAAGAUUUCCACAGGGAGGCCGGUGGAUGUUAUCUUUAGAUUCGACCGUUAGAACCCGAGGAGCCGUCGCCAAAUGCGGUUAGAGAACAAGGGGACAUUUUCUCCAAACGAUUCGGUGUGGUGGACGGUGCAGAGUUCUACUAAAUAUUCUACUUCUCCCGCUGGGACGUUUAAAAAUCUUUCAGUGGAUUGCAGCAAUACUGUGAAGAGAGCUGCACUUAUGAGCUUUUACUUUCUAAAACAGUAAUUUAACAUUAGUUUUUAGAUUCGUUAAGGAUCUAAAGGUUAAUUAUGUAACUUCUCCCAGGCGGCUGUCGUGAAUGGACAUCUGUUUUCUGUAUCACAAACCGUACCUUGCCGAAGAGCCCGAGUUUUAGCCUCGCGAUGCUCACGUUUUCCUUCACGGUGCUGCUCGUGCUAGGCGGGCCGAUUACCUGCGCAGCGCACGCACUGGAACGCGAGUUUGCCAGCGAUGAAUUUCUGUACUCUGGAUUAAGGAGGGAAGCGACGCGAACUCCUAUAGACGCGUGCUUGCAGGUGACUCCUCCGUGCGUGACCGAAGCAGACCGCUUUAGCCUGGAAGCCCUACGUCAUAUCCAUCGCGAGAUGGAUGACGAUCAGGACGGAUGUAUCGAAGUGGAGGAGAGUGUGGAGUUCAUUAUUGAGGAUAUGCAACAGCAGCAGCAGACCAAUAAACACAGUAAACUGCACAGAGAGGAUCAGCACAUCACCAUAGAGGAACUGUGGAGAGGAUGGAAGACCUCUGAAGUCCAUAACUGGACUCAGGAGGAUGUGUUGCGGUGGUUGAGGGAGUUUGUGGAGUUGCCUCAGUAUGAUCAGAACUUCAAAGAGUUACACGUCAACGGAAACACGCUGCCCAGAAUUGCCUCCAAUGAGCCGUCGUUUAUGAGCACCUACCUGAAGAUCCAGGACCAGCAGCACAAACAGAAGCUGAAGCUGAAGGCCUUGGAUGUUGUGCUGUUUGGACCGCCCACACGCCCACCGCACAACUGGAUGAAGGACCUGCUGCUCAUCUUGUCGGUGGUGAUGGGCGUGGGCGGCUGCUGCUUCGCCCAGGCACAGAACAAGGCCUUCAAGGUGCACAUCUCCAAAAUGAUGACAGACCUGGAGGGCCUGCACAGAGCCGAGCAGAGCCUGCGGGACCUUCAGGAGCAGCUGGAGCGAGCUCAUGAAGAGAAGCGCACUGUUGCUGUGGAGAAGCAGUUCUUGGAGGAGCGAAUGAGGGAUGAGAUCCAGGGAGCCCAGGAAGAAGCCAACCGGCUCCAGGAGCUCCGCAAGGGAGCCGCCAGCGAGCUGAGCCGCCUCCGCUACGCAGAGGAGGAGCUUGAACAGGUGCGCGGGGCCCUGAAGAAAGCAGAGCAGGACAUCCAGGCGAGCUGGUCUGUGCCGGAGUCUCUGCAGCUGUGGCUGCAACUCACACAUGAGGUGGAGGUUCAGUACUACAACAUAAAGAAACAGAACGCAGAACAGCAACUGAGCACCGCCAAGGAAGAGGCAGAGAAGAUUAAGAAGAAGAGGAGUUCACUUCUGGGCACACUCCAUGUGGCACACAGCUCCUCUCUGGAUCAGGUGGACCACAAGAUCUUAGAGGCCAAGAACGCGCUGGCGGAGGUGAUGGCGAGCUUGCGCGAGCGUCUGCACCGCUGGCAGCAGAUCGAGUGGCUGUGCAGCUUCCCCAUCAUGAGCAACAGCGGUCUGGCCAGCCUGACGGCCACGCUCUACCCAGACCCCAACUGGAUGCUUCUCCCUCGGGCCGCCAUGAGCUACCCGAUGCCUGCCGGCGUGGAAGACCUGGAUGAGGGAGUGGCUCCCGGCAUACCGCAGAUCCCUGUCACUGUCACUCCGAUAAAGCUCUCCCCUGGAGCACUGGUCCGUUCCCGGCGAUCCGCACACAUCGUCCCAUCGCCUGUGAUCCUCUCUCCUGAUCCGGACCUGCUGAUCCCUAUCCGGACGACGCUCCCGCGAUACGGAGAGGAGGAGGCGGGGGAGCAUAUCAUCUUCCCAACCCUGAAGAAACCGGAGUGUGUGGAAUCUUCCUCGGAGGCUGAGCCUGUUGGAACCCCCGUCAACAGGACAUACAUGGGCUCGGGGCCAGACACUCCACCUCGGAGACUGUACCGUGAAGACAUGGACCUUUUCUCCGACAGCGUUGCCUGCAAAAUCCCACACAGUGAACACGAGGACGUUUCCUCACGCAAGCUGUCGCGAGAGGAACUCCGGGACGCUCUGAGAGGCAGCUUGAGAAAAGUCUCGAGGGAAGAACUCGUUGUGGGGAGCCCGUCCAGGAAGACCUCCAGAGAGGAACAGGAAGCGUCAGUAGAACCUCUGACAAGUCCUACGGGUUCAGAAGAGCCUGCCCUUGCUGUUGAUUCCAGGACAGUAAGGAGGAAUUUACCAAUCGAUAUUACCGAGUCCCCUAUUAGACUGUCCAACAGAGAGAAGCCAGAUUCUCUAAUGGAUCCGUGCCCUGGAGUACGAUUCAAGGAUCAGGCUGAUGUCAGUGUGGGCUUCCAAAGAUGUAAGGCGUUUCGAGAAAAGAAGGCUCUCUCGGGGGAGAGCCUGCCGAGAAUGAUGGCCGUAGAUGAAGGUGAGACUGAUGUCCAAAGUGUAAAUGCAGGCUCACAUGAACCUGACCUCCCCCCGACAAUGGCAGUUAGAGUUCAUGCUGAUGUUCCAGUGGAAACGCAAACGGGAGAACUGUUUCGACCAGAGACCUUGGAUCCUACCUUCAGAAAGCUCUUGAGAGAGGAGUUUGAUGUCUCAAUGGACGAUCAGAGAGUCAAGAUAUGUAGAGAUAAGGAGCUGUCCAAAGACAGAGCUUCUAGAAUGAGGCUUCCAGAUGACCAAGACCUGUCUAUAGACACUGGCAGGGUGAAACUUCUAAGAGGUGUUUCCAUGGAUGGUGGAUCUAGAAGAAAGACACGUGAUGAUUUGGACAUGGCUCUGGAGACCAACCGGACGAUGUCUUUAAGAGAGAGACGAGACGACACCCCUUCCAGAAAGCUCUCUCGAGACCAACGCGACAUGGCCGUGGACAGAUGUAAGCUCUUCCGCUUGGACAGUGGUGUGGAGACAACCAGGACGGCCAGGGACGAGCUCCCGGUGCCAGACCCGGCUCGCUUCAACCAGCCUGAUCUCACCAUCAGCUCUCUGGUCAUCUGGGCUCCGCCUCCAGACCCGCUCAGCCACUUGGUUUAUGACGGCAUUCUAGAAAAGUCUUCCCAGAACCUUCUGAGCACGUCCAUGCCUGGAUCUCUCUGCCAUGCUCCCUCACUCUCUUCAGUGUCCACCUCCUCCCAAAGGCUUUUGGACAGCGAGGUCUCCGGCGGCAGGUCUCCUCACCAUGGUGAUGCCUCACCUCCCGAGUCCCUGGGUGCAAUCAAAGUGAAGAAGACCUCAAAGCUCAAGAACUUGUUCAAGAAAAAGAAGGAGAAGGAGAAAGACUCGUCUGCAGAUCACGCAGCAGACGGCUUGCAGAAACUGUGACCGUAUUUAAAUGGUCAUAUUAUUUGAAGGGCCGGUGUGACGAGAGAUUUGAAGAGCAUUUUAAGCACAAUGAGAGUCUCUUCUCGUGGUCUCUCUCUCAGCUAGAGGUGGUGGUAGGGGCAUAAAACGCAUGGGGAAUCUGUUUCCUGCCGAUUUGGUUUGCUCAGGUAGGAAUGAAUGAAUGAAACUGUGCAGCUGCCAGUGCGGGGUACAGCUGUGGUCAUUUCCUGUGGGCAUCGCUGUGGCUAUAUAUGGGCGACCUAUGAACAGGGCCGGUUCACUGCAGCCUAUGUUCAUAAUCCACUUUGUGUUGAGUCCCAGCAACAAGAAAUUCAGGGGGGUCUGGUGGAUUUGGGAGGAUUUUACCUGAAGCUGCUUCAAGGCUGCGUUGUGACACUUUAAAUUCAUAGUAACACACGAAUACACAUAACGCAAAGACACACACAAAUACACAUAACACACGAGCGCACACACAAAUACACAUAACAC